AUCUUAUUUCUCUGUAAUUUUCAGCACAACCAUCAGCACCUCAAGAUAUCAGGCCAACAUUUCUAAAUGCAACCUUAGCCGUCAUAGAAUGGAACAUACCUUCCCAUCUCGGUGGAAGAUCAGACGAGUACUAUGAAGUCGAGUGUGAUAAGUGUAACAAUGAAGGCAAAGCAUGCAGUAAUAGAUGUGAGGGUGCGGAAGUCAUCCAUUUUCCAAAAGAUACAAGAAUAGCCACUGCAAAAAAUCUCUCUGCCUACACAUAUUACCAGUUCAAAGUGUUUUCAAAAAAUGGAGUCACACAAUUAGCAGAGAAGAAUGGCGAAAACCCAAAGUACUCAGUAUUAAUAAAAAGAACAAAUGAAUCCAUUCCUGGUGCACCAUCUUUGAAAAUAACAUUCAUGAGUUCCACUUCUUUGCUUGUAAGCUGGACCUUGACAGAGAAAAAUGGUAUAAUAAUUUUCUAUCAAAUCAGCUACUAUCCUGUUGCAGACCAGUCAAAUAAAUACCUCUUGAACACUUCUGAAAGCAGCAUCGCCAUCACUGGACUUACUAUGGGAAUAGAAUACUACAUCAAGGUUCGAGCCGCUACAAAACGUGGCUUAGGACGUACCAGUAGUAAAAACUUUACCAUAAAUCAAGAAGAAGCAAACAGCAACCAAGGCGGUGAUGACAGAACAUCGGCUGAUGUUACUGUUCCUGUCCUUGCGUCAAUGCUCGCUGUGGCUCUUUUGGUUGUUGCUGUCGCUAUUGUGGUAUAUAUACUGCGAGGAAGAGGACUGAUAAUGAGACUAAGCAACUCUGAAGAGGUAAGCUAAGUAUGAUAAAAAAUGGUACAGAAAUCUGAAACGAGGGCUAUAAAUUCGACAACCCAAGUUGAACAAGUGGGAUUCAUCAAAAACAAACUUGCAGCGCUAUUGCUCAUGUUCGGAA